GAGAGAGAGAGAACGGACACCGGACUCCAUUACCGCGAAACCUUCAGGAGCUCAGCCGCAGCUGGACUUUCACGAGGACCCUUUCCUCAUGAUAGGAUUAAACACACGACUGAAGGAAAGAAAGCUCGCGGACUGUUGAAGUUGUGGACAUUGAAGCGUGUUUCGAGGAUUUGUGAAGGAUGGCGUUGGACGGGAUACGGAUGCCAGAUGGCUGCUACGCAGAUGGGACCUGGGAACUGAAGAUGCAUGUCACUGACCUCAACAGGGACGUGUCUCUGAGAGUCACCGGGGAAAUUCACAUCGGCGGUGUGAUGCUCAAACUCGUGGAGAAACUUGAUGUAAAGAAGGACUGGUCAGAUCACGCUCUGUGGUGGGAAAAGAAGAAGACCUGGCUGCUAAAGACCCACUGGACACUUGAUAAAUACGGCAUUCAGGCUGACGCCCGGCUGCUCUUCACGCCGCAGCACAAACUGUUACGCCUGCAGCUGCCCAACAUGAAACACAUGAGGGUGAAAGUGAACUUCUCUGACCGCGUCUUCAAGGCCGUGUCUGACAUCUGCAAAACCUUCAACAUCCGGCACCCUGAGGAGCUCUCUUUACUGCGCAAGCCCCGUGACCCCAAGAAGAAGAAGAAAAAGCUGGAGGAGGCCGAGGAGGAGGCGCUGGAGCUGGAAGGACCUCUGCUCACUCCUGGAUCAGCCUCUGAGAUAAUAUACAUUGGACCGGUGAAAGGUAGCAUCUAUUCCAGUCCCGGACUUUACAGCAAGACAAUGACCCCUACUUAUGACUCUCGGGAUGGCAGUCCUUUGUCACCCACCACAGCUUGGUUUGGAGACAGCCCGCUGUCAGAGGGCAAUCCCAGCAUCCUCGCUGUUAGCCAGCCCAUCGCCUCACCUGACAUUUUGGUGAAACUCUACAAACCUCAAUCCCUCUUGGACAAAGCCAAGAUCAACCAGGGGUGGCUGGACUCCUCCAGAUCACUGAUGGAACAGGAUGUGAAGGAGAACGAGGUCCUGCUACUGCGGUUCAAGUAUCACAGCUUCUUUGACCUCAACCCAAAGUAUGAUGCCAUCAGGGUGAACCAGCUAUACGAGCAGGCGAAGUGGGCCAUCCUGCUGGAGGAGAUUGAAUGCACCGAGGAGGAGAUGAUGAUGUUCGCCGCCCUGCAGUACCACAUCAACAAGCUGUCCAUCAUGUCUUCAGACAAUCACAUGAACAACAGUGAGAAGGAGGUGGAUGAGGUGGAUGCUGCACUGUCAGAUCUGGAGAUCACUCUGGAGGGAGGAAAAACAUCCAACACAUUGGGUGAUAUUACAUCCAUUCCUGAACUGGCCGACUAUGUGAAAGUCUUCAAACCAAAGAAACUCACACUGAAAGGAUACAAGCAGUACUGGUGCACAUUCAAAGACAUCACAAUCUCCUGCUACAAGAUCCGUGAGGAGGCGCAUGGCACGCCAGCACACCAGAUGAACCUGAGAGGCUGUGAAGUUACACCAGAUGUGAACAUCUCCAGUCAGAAAUUCAUCAUCAAGCUGCUAAUCCCCGUAGCAGAUGGUAUGAAUGAGAUCUGGCUGCGGUGUGACAUGGAGAAGCAGUACGCUCAGUGGAUGGCGGCCUGUCGCCUAGCCUCAAAAGGGAAAACGAUGGCAGACAGUUCCUACAACCUAGAGGUGCAGAACAUCCUAUCCUUCCUGAAGAUGCAGCACAUGAAUCCUGACCCUCAGAUCAUAGAACCCAUCACCACUGACAUCAACCCUGAGUGUCUGGUGUCACCACGAUACCUGAAGAAAUACAAAAACAAGCAGCCAGGCUUUGUCAGGGACAUGAUAUCCGCCCGCAUCCUGGAAGCCCAUCAGAACGUGGCCCAGAUGAGCCUCAUUGAGGCCAAGAUGCGCUUCAUACAGGCGUGGCAGUCCUUGCCGGAGUUUGGAAUCACUCAUUUUCUUGCCAAGUUCCAGGGGAGCAAGAGAGAUGAGUUGAUUGGCAUCACCUACAACAGACUGAUCCGUAUGGAUGCCAGCACAGGAGAUGCCAUCAAGACCUGGCGCUUUAGCAACAUGAAACAGUGGAAUGUCAACUGGGAGAUCAAGAUGGUAACAGUGGAGUUUGCUGACGAGCCCAGUCUUGCGUUCAUCUGUGCCGAGGUGGACUGUAAAGUGGUGCACGAGUUCAUCGGCGGCUACAUCUUCCUGUCCACACGUGCCAAGGACCAGAACGAGUCUCUAGAUGAGGAGAUGUUCUACAAACUGACCAGCGGAUGGGUUUGAGCGCUGCUCUUCUCAUAGCAUCAGGGGGCCGGAACUGACUUUAUUCGGUUACUCACACAGCUUUUCUUUUCUCUGUUUUAACCACUUCAACUCGCCACAUCAUAGUUGUUUAAAAACUUUAUGCUUGUGAAAGCGUUUAUAUCACUAGCAGACAUACUGAGUGAGGACACUAUGAAGACACCGAGUCCAUGGAGACAGUUCCCUCUUAGUCUAUGUCAGAAGUUACUUUCACCAGAGCGGUUAACUGCAUCCCUCCAGGAAUUUAGUUGUCAAGAUGAAGUGAAUAGAUAUAUGCUAGCUUUGUCCUCCAAGAAAUGCCAAUUAUUUAUUUCUCACUAACUCGCGUUACAUUUACAUCGUCUUUCUGGGUCAUUUUUGAAUGUUGUCGUGCUCAUUAGUGCCUUUUAAUCCUUUGCGAUAAUUCAACGAUGUCAACAUUACAGAAGGAAUUGUUUCACUAGCUUCAAAGGAAUCAUUCACUCAAAAAUUUAAAUUGUGACAGUUUACUCACCCUCAUGUUGUUCCAAACUGGCAUGCUGUUAUUUUUUUCAGUAGAACACAAAAUGAGACAUUUUGAAGAAUCUUUAUGCAACUGUUUUCCAUACAAAAACAGUACCAUAAAAGUUGUCCAAAUGAGCCAUUUCGCUGCAGCUCUCAAAUCAAAUAUGGCGCAGGUUUGUUAUGAUGAUGUUUGGUCACUAUUUUUGCAGUCCAACGCGACUUUUGUAGUUCCUUUGAGCUUGGACUGAGGGGAACAAUUUAACGUUGAAAAGCUAUCAUAUAGCGAUUGAGUCGUAUGAAGAACUUAAUUUCUGUCCUUUUUGCAGCUUGACAGUUGUGGUCACUACAAAUUGUUUUAUGAAAAAAAGCUGCAUGAAGUUUCUUCAUAGUUUCUCCUUUUGUGUUCCACAGAAACAAAUAACAGCAAAUGGGUUUGAAUAAACAUGAUUGUGAGUAAAUUAUUUUUGGGUGAACUAUCCCUUUUGUCGCUGCUUCUGAAGGGAUCUAAACUGUUUUGACUUCCAACACUACACUCAGCAGUUUUUCCUUCAACAAUCGAUUCAAUUUUGUCAUGUCUGUGAGAUGAAGUUAUUUUGAAGCACUUCUACCGUAAGGUAAGAGUCUCUCCAUCAAUAAGCUGUAGUUUGAAGUUUCUAUUAGUGUGUUUGACUAUGCCCUCUGGUUUUAGCUAUCAUGUGUGUUUGACACUACUUUAAAGUUACUUACACAGAUAUUUUUGUACACUAUGACAGUGGGUUGCCCACUUUUUUUCGUAGCAACAGUUCGCAAUGCAGCAACAUAGGAGAAUGUUUAUGAAGAAAUGAAUCUAUGGCUACAGAUUCGGCUUUUGAAGGUCACUGAGUAAUCAAAAUGUAAGGAGUUUCUUUUUAUUAUUAACUUCCUAUGAGGUCUGCUAUUUUAUUCAUCAGUCUUUACUGUGCACCAGUAUAGUAUUAUUCAACAGCUUUUCAUUAUUAUGCACCAGCGAUAGGUCACUGUGUUUUAAAACAAGAAACAUGCAAUUUCCAUUCUUUUUCUUUUCUUAUAUGAAGGAACGCUAAAUGAAGUAUUGUUGUUUUUUUUGUAUGUAAUGUAAAACCACAGGUUUUAAAGAAUUGUACAGUUGUUUUGUUGCUGCUUUUUUUUUUUCUGCCAUUUUUUGGAAGUUUAUUUUUUUUUCCAGAAGAGAGGGAAAAAAAGCAAUUUUUGACAUUGAGGAUUCGUGCCUGCCAAUGUUACAAUCUUGUGGAGUUUUAGAAUUAUAUAUAUAUAUAUAUCUAUCCCAAAUAUCCCAAGCUCUAUCUUUGAAUGAAUUCAUUUAGAUCACAGUGUCUUAUAUCUCUGAAAGAAUCAUGAGGAGCUUUGAUUAGCCUUUUGUUUUUCCUGCCUUAACUGAUAUAAAUCCAUAAUUGUUUGAUUCUAAUGCUGCUGCUGCAAAAAAAAAAAAAAACCUUGUAAGAAAGUGUCACUAAUGAUCGCUCAAACACUAUUGAAGUGCAGCAGAAUCUGUUUUGUGUCUUUUAUAGUGCAUCAGUUCUUGUCUGUAUUUUCUUCUGUUUUCCCAUAUGAAGCUGUUUUAGAGCCAGAAGUGAAGGUUUUUUUUGUUUUUUGUUCAGAUGCCAGCAGUGCAGUGCAUGGCCUGUUUUAAGAUUGUAAAAAUGCCAUUUACCUUAAAAAAAGAAAUAAUAAAAUCAUUUUUAUUUAAAGUCCUAAAA